CUCUGUCUCUCUCUCUUCUCUCAUUCUUUUAACCCUUGACUCAUUCAACAACAUUCUUCUGCAGUCAUGUCUCAAAUCCAAGUUGGCGAUACUCUCCCCUCUGUGACUCUCAAGUACUGCCCAUAUGACCCAACUUUGAAGGAUGCCUGCGGUAUUCCUCAGCCUCUCAGCACAGAUUCUUUCAAGGGCAAGAAAGUAGUCAUCUUUGGUGUCCCUGGAGCAUUCACCCCAACAUGCAACAACAACCAUCUUCCAGAAUACUAUCAGAAAUAUCAGGACCUUGUCAACAAGGGUGUAGAUCAAGUCGUUUGCAUUAGCACCGCCGAUGCCUUUGUCAUGGAUGCUUGGGGAAAGUGGACGAAUGUUGGCGAUAAAGUCAUCAUGGCUGCUGACGGAAAUGGCGACUUUGUCAAGGCAACAGGACUUGUGCAGGACUUGACCAAGGCAGGCAUGGGAGCUGUUCGUUCCAAGCGCUAUGCAAUGGUGGUCGAGGACAUGAAGGUCACUUACAUUGGUGUUGAAACCAAAUUUGGUGUCUCUGUCUCCGGUGCCGGAGCAGUUUUGGCAAAGCUGUAAGGUUCAUGCCAGCAAACUAGCUAGCCUGUAAGAUCAUAAAUAAAACAUAUCUAUAC